UUACUGAUUAAUAGAUUAAUUAACUGUUUUAACUUAAUAGUUUUGAAUUGUGCGCAGUUUCCAUGUCGCAAUGGUGGAACAUGUUAUCAGGCAAGUUCUGGAACUGGUUUCCUCUGUCAAUGUACAAAUGUUUUUUCUGGAGUAGUGUGCUCAGAAUCAGCAUGUGAUUCAAGUCCAUGCCAGAAUGGAGGGAGUUGUUUAUUGACCCACAUCAACGGAGGCCAUGUAUGCAUUUGUCCUGAUGGUUUUAUGGGUCCAACCUGCAAUGAAAGAGCAGUUGAUAAUGUGACAAACCCAGUAGAUAAUGAAGUAACAACCACAAUUGCUCCUGGUUCAACCCGAGCAACCAUUGCACCAACAACCGCAACCAUUCCUACUACUAAUGUUCCAACAACCAUUCCACUAACAACCACAAAACCAAAAAUAAAACCAACAACUACACAACAACCAGCAACUCCACAACAACCAACAGCAAUGGCACCAACAACUACAAAACCAGCAACCAUUGCACCAACAACUGCAACAUUAACAACUGCACCAAUAACUACUACUAAAAUGGCACCAACAACCACGAUUGUACCAACAACUACACAAAAACCAAUGACCACCAACCCAAGGACCACAGGACAAAACAUCACACCACAACCAACACCAACAACCAGUUGUCCCAAUGAUUACUGCAGCAAUGGUGGUACAUGCAGUCUCACUGCUGGAACUCUCACUUGCACAUGUCAACAAGGCUACAUAGGCAGCACGUGUGAAAACGUGGAUUUCUGUAUUUCAAAUCCUUGCAAGAAUGGUGGAAUUUGUGUGACCUUUGAGAAUGAGUACAGGUGCUCAUGCACCAACUCAUUCUCAGGCCCUGACUGUAAUUCACAAGAUAAUGCACAGCUAACAUCGAGCAACACUAUGGAAGACCUCCCUCUAGAACUCUGGUGGAUUGCUCUCAUCACCCUCAUAGUGAUUCUUCUAAUCAUCUUCACAUUUAUUGUGGUGUGUGCUUAUUGUAACAACAACAGGAGAAAAAGAGAGGAAGUCAGCCACAAACCACAUAGCAUUGAUGGCACCAUCUAAACAAUCAUGUCUAGGAACAACCUAACAGAAUUUUUUAACAGAAUCUAACCAAUCAUAUCUCUGUUAUGUUCAUGUAAAUAAUGCUCUAACAGAAUCCAACCAAUUGUAUUUCUAGUAGAAUCUAACACAAGCCAUGUUUCUAAGCAUCCAAUCAUUUUUCUAUAGGGAACCUAAAAAAUCAUGUUUUCAUUUAGAUCAUCACAAAUAGCUAUAAAUUUAAUCUAACCAACCAUUCACAUAUCAGAGGUGAAUUCCAGGUGGCAAAAAGGCUGCACUGCUCUCCACCUAAUCAAGCAUGAAAUCAUGAGUUCUUUAGAUGCCACAAUAGGUAUAAGAACACUUCAAAACACUUUCCCUUUGUACUAUAAAUCCUUGAUUGGUAAAGUUACACUACCCAGAGAAACAAAAACAGUUCUUUUUACAUACUACACUAAAAAAAAAACUUCUCCAAAUAAAUGUGUAAAACACUGAAGAAAAUUUAGACUUGCCAUCCCAAAUCCAGCAUCAUCAUCAUCAUCAUUUAUUUAAGUCAGUUUUCUUCCUGCUUCUAAGGGGUUACUGACUGUCACUCCUUCCAUGCAGCUACACCAUCUCUCCACUUCUUCCUGUCUUGUGCAUCAUACUCCUCCAAACCAAUUUUUGCACUUUCUUUCUUCACCAUAUCUUUCCACGUCACCUUUGGCCGCCCCCUUACUCUUCUACCUUCAACUUCUAGAUGCCAGGCUCUCUUUACUCUUUUUUUUUUCUCUUUUUUAUCGGUGACUAAAAAAUGAAAAUUGUAUUUUUAAUACAUUCUUAUUCUGCACAUUUUAAGCUUUAAAAUGAUGGAUCAUUUUAACUAGAAUUGAUUUAUUAUCACCAAAGUUAUAAGUAAAAGUAUUACAGCUUCUCUGUACUAAAGUAUACGAUACUGCCACACUCUUAUGCUAAUUACUCAGUUUAACAAUUGACAUGUCGACAAGGACGCGAAGCCCGGCAAAAAAUCACGAAAACCUUAGACAAUGGCGGGUAGACUUACCGAGUUGCCAAAGACUUUCUUUGCUAUCAACCUUCAGGGUAGGCGGUAUGCAAAUGAAUCAUAUAUUCAUAGUGUUAAUCUAUUUCAUGGAACAUGCUGGGGAAAUUGUUGUAAAAGCCUCUGUAUUUCGCUCCCAAAGCUCCCAUUCAGUCAACCUUGUUGUCAGCAAACGCCAAGUCACUUAUGCGCACUGCUCAUGUAAAUCUGGGUAUCUAUAACCAAGCAGGCCUAGGCUCAUGUAUGUUACGCGUUUAAACCAGCUGCCUAAGGAAAUUAAAAUGACUGAGAAAAAGUUUUUGAUCACGUGACUAAAUGACGCUCGCUGAUUAGUGGGUUUAUCUGUCAAUCAAAUCUCGUUGAGAUGUUAAUGAGCGACAGUAUGCUGGUUUUGGGAUGGCAUGCCUCAAUUAUAAUUAAAAUAUAUAAAUAGUAAAUUAACCAAAAUAUCUAUCUUACCAUCUUAACAGUGCUGUUCAAUAUAGCUUGGUGAACUUCAAAAUCAUUUCCAAUGUGCUCUAAUUUGAAAGACAAGUAUACAGUUAAAUUAGCCUAAGUCGACUUUGCUUAACUCGAAUAAUUUCUGAGUCGAACUUAUUUUACAUGCCAAAUUGUUGUGUUUUCCAAUUAUUAACAAUCUGUAAGUCAAAUUUUAUGUAAGUCGAACAAUUUUUCAAUGGCAUUUUGGAUUUGAUUUAGGCAAGUUCAACUGUAAUAUAAUAAUUAUUAGAAUAUUGCUAUCAUUACUGUUAAUGCAUUACUAUCCUUUGUAUAAUAAUUUCCACUAGUGUAUGAUACGCAACUAUUCUAAUUGCUUAUUUGAAUAGUGACUAUCAUUACUGUAUAUGCAUCACUAUAUCUUACCAUUACCAUCAUUAAUGAUGACUUUUUAGCUUUAAAACAAUAUUUUCGUUAUUAAAUUGUAAGUAGAGUCAAGAAUUAUAUGUACAUAAAUGAUAUCACAGAGUAUAGAUUUAUUAUCUAAAUAUGUUAAUUUUAUUUCCCAAUUAGUUUUAAAGUUAAAUUUGGUUUCUUUUUUAAAAUUUGAGUGAUGGGUUAAACAUUAUGACAUAUGUUUCCAUGUAGGACUAAUUUAGUUCUGAUAAUUUCUAAUUGAGGGAAAAUAUGUAUCUCUAUCAUUAGACGUCUUUGAAUCUCUUCUAAAUUAAGCAACAGAGUUUACUAUAUUUUUUAUAUUUGGAAGGUAGCCUUCAAAUUAGUUUUUAAUAAUAAGUAAAUUU